AUGCUUAAUCAUUUUCAUAAAAAGAUAUUGAGACUCCUAAAAAAAGUGGAUGUUUUUUCUUAGCCUGUCUUUCUAUUGAUAAAAUAAGAAUAAGGACAUAAAACAGUAUUUGGAGCUUGCCUAACUUUGGGAUUGAUUUCUUUCUUCCUAUACCUGCUUAUUCUAAACCUAUAUGAAAUGAGACAAAGAAAAAAUCUAAAUUCGUUGUCAACUGAAAUUUAUCAUGCAUAACCACGAUAAUUCAAAUUGAAUGAAUAAAAUUUUACAUUAACUUUUGCCUUUUAAUCUCCAUCUUUUUAUACAUAUAUAGAUGAAUCAGUCUAUGUUGUGGAAGCAAAAAUUUAAACUAAGACCACCAGAAUGUAUUAAUAGAAUUCAAUUAUUAGUGCUGGUAAUGAAAAAAUCGAUGAAUGGACAACAAAAGAUCUUCCUUUAACUACUUGUACUCCAAAACUUAUUCGGUAAGUUGAAUUACAAGAAUAUUUUUCUCAUUUAGUAUUACCAACUAAUUAUUGUAUUGAUUGGAAUAUAAUAAAAGAGUUAAUCCUAGAAGGCACAUUUGAUUCUUAAGUUUAUAGUUCUAUUCUAUUCUAAUUUAAAAUUUGCAAUGAAUUAACAAAAAAAUCAAAAGAGUGUAAAUCAAGGGAUGAAAUUAAAAAAUAAUUAGAAUAAAACUAUUUUUCAUUAUAAAUGUCCUCAUAUGUUAUAGAUGUGAACAAUGAAGAUUAUCCUUUUUUAACAAAAGGAGAAGAUAUUUUCACUACUAUAUCUAGUAAGAUUUUUAAAGAAAUAUCUUUUUAUAUGUAGCCAAUAACAGUAUUUACAGAUCUAGGUCUUAUAAGUGAAAAUUACUAAAUUCAAAACACAUUAAGAUAUAAAAGACAUACAGAAAUGAUUGAUUUAAAUGAGAGUGACUUAAUCAUGAAUGUUGUAAUAAGAUUAGAUUAAAUUGAAUAAUAAUAUUAUAGAAACUACCCAAAAAUUCAAAUUAUCUUAAGUUAAAUAGGUGGACUUUGGUAAGUAUUCUUUACCACUGCUUUUCUAAUAUAAAAACCAAUAAAUAUGUUAUCUUAUUAUGUAAGAAUUUUAAAUUCUUUAUUUGAAUUUGAAUAAGAGUAAAAAAAGACAAUUAUAAAUUAAAUAAAAGAAGAUUAAAAUCCAGAUUCACUAUAAUAAGAAUUAACGACAAGAAAAUAAUAGCAAUCUGCCAGGGAAAUAUUAUUUAUUUAGAAUUAAAAAAAACCACUUUAAAGAUUAUAAUCUAUAAAAAUAAAAAAGAAAUAAUUCGAAUUUAUAGAUUCCUUAACUGUAGAUCAUCGAUCAAAGGAAGAGGCUAAAUAAUAAUUAACUAAAGCUAUCUCAUUUUCAAUUAAAUAAUAUUUUCAAAGUAUUUAGAAAAAGCUAAAAAUGAAAUGGACUGAUUAUUUGUAUUUCAUAAACUGCUUUGUUAAGUAAACUUUAUAUAUUAUUUAGUUCUAAAAAUUAUAAAAGUCUUUAAAUUUAAUACUCCUUUCAAAAAAUAAUUAAAUAAAUGGAUAUUUUAUAUAUACUUAAGAAACUGCAAGAAAUAGAUAAAUUAAAAAUGAUCUUAUUAACAGAAUCUUAGAUUAAGGUUUUUGAUUAUCUUUAAAAACCCAUAAUUCCAUUAGAUCCAAAUUCAAAAUAGUUUAACAUAUCAUAAAAUUAUUAUUCGAUAUUAAAACCUAUAAAAACUGACUUUUAGAGAGCUCUUGAUGCUUAAAAUGCUUUCAAAGAUAUAGCUGAAAAUCUAGAUAAUCCAAUCAAUGUUAAACUAAUAAAUUCUAUAGAUAAAACGAUAGUUGAUCUAUUAAAAAUGAGAAAGGAAAGUUUGAAUUAAUUAUCUUUAGAUGAUGUCUGUAUUAGUGAAUAAGGAUAUGAAAGAAAUGCUGUUCUUGCAAUUGAUAUCAAUUAGAGGCAUAUUUCAUUAGCAAAUUGA